AUGCGUGUCGCCGGCGGCAUUGCUGUCGCCCUUGGCCUUGCGGGCGCCGUGUCCUCCACAAAUCUACACCCUCGCUCUGACGAGUCGCGCGACUUCUUUGCACUUCAUCUCGAUGCCGCCACUCCUCCCUCCGAGAUCGCACGUUCCUUGAAUCUCCGCCACGAAGGCCGCAUCGGAGAACUCCCAGACCACCAUACCUUCUCGUUGCCACGGGACCAGAGCUCUGACUUCAAUGCAUUAUUGGACGACCUGCAGUCCAGGCGAAAGCUUCGGCAGCGGUCGGGGGAGGUCAUCGAAUCUCGAGAUCAAGAUCCGACCGAUGCCAUCCUGUGGUCACAUAAGUUGGAAGCCCCUAGGCAACGAUUGGAGAAGCGGAUGCCACCUCCUACCAAGGAAGUCGUCCCGCGAUUUGCAGGGGAGGCGGAAUUGAAGCUCCUCGAGGAACAAAGCGAAAUCAUGAGCGUUCUCGGUAUAAGCGAUCCGAUCUUCAGAGAACAGUGGCAUCUCAUGAAUGUCCUGCAACCCGGACACGACUUGAACGUGACAGGUGUCUGGUUGGAAGGUAUUACAGGUCACGGAGUUGCAACAGCGGUGGUAGACGAUGGCUUGGAUAUGGACAGCAAUGAUUUGAAGCCCAACUAUUUCGCUGAAGGCUCCUACGAUUUCAAUGAACACUCCCCUACACCGCGGCCUCUUCUGUACGAUGACAAGCACGGUACCCGCUGUUGCGGCGAGAUCGCAGCCGCCAAAAACGACGUCUGUGGAGUUGGAGUCGCCUACGACAGCAAGAUUUCGGGUAUUCGAAUUCUAUCCAAGCCGAUCGAUGAUCAUGAUGAGGCGGAGGCCAUUAAUUAUGAAUAUCAGAAGAAUGACAUUUACUCUUGUUCCUGGGGACCUCCCGAUGACGGCGCCACCAUGGAUGCUCCGGGAUUGUUAAUCAAGCGAGCGAUGGUCAACGGUGUCCAGCAGGGUCGCGGUGGAAAAGGAUCUAUCUUUGUGUUUGCGGCCGGCAAUGGAGCCAUGCACGGUGACAACUGCAACUUUGACGGGUAUACCAACAGCAUUUAUAGUAUCACGGUCGGUGCUAUUGACCGACAGGGCAAGCACCCUUCUUAUUCGGAGUCGUGCUCAGCUCAGCUCGUGGUCGCUUACAGCAGUGGUUCCGGCGAUGCCAUUCACACCACUGAUGUGGGUACCGACAAGUGCUACAAUUUGCACGGUGGCACCUCUGCGGCCGGUCCACUCGGCGCAGGCUCAGUGGCACUUGCUCUCAGCGCUCGGCCCGAGCUGUCGUGGCGUGAUGUCCAAUAUUUGAUGGUCGAGACUGCAGUUCCUAUCAGUGAGGACGAUGGUAGCUGGCAGAAGCUUCCCUCUGGUAGACUCUUUAGUCACGACUGGGGUUUCGGAAAGGUCGACACGUAUGCUUUGGUCUCGAAAGCGCGCACAUGGGAUCUUGUGAAGCCACAGGCUUGGUUCAACUCGCCCUGGCUCCGAGUGCACAAGAACAUCCCUCAGGGCUCACAGGGACUGCUGAGCAAGUAUACGGUGACUGCCGAGCAAAUUACGAAUGCUAAUUUCGAUCGGCUGGAGCAUGUGACGGUCACGAUGAAUAUCAACCACACUCGCCGUGGCGAUCUCAGUGUCGAGCUGCGCAGCCCGGCAGGUAUCGUUAGCCAUCUCAGUGUCCCUCGCAAGCUGGACGGAGAGAGAGCCGGGUACGCGGACUGGACCUUCAUGUCUGUUGCUCAUUGGUAUGUAAAUCAAACUCUUCCCUCCAGAUCUGCGGACUCACUCUAUACUAGGGGCGAAUCGCCUGUCGGUGACUGGACCGUGAUUGUCAAAGACACAGAGGUCAACGAUUUCGAUGGAUUUUUCAUCGACUGGCGACUGAAUCUUUGGGGCGAGUCAAAGGAUGGGUCCAAGCAGCCGCUACACCCGUUGCCUGAAGAGCAAGACGACGAUCAUCCUUACGAGGACGCUCACGUUGCGACAACCUCUGUAGAGCCAGCACCAACAAAGACCGCUCCUCCUACGAAGCCCGAUGACCACCAUGACCGACCGGUAAAUGAGAAGCCGUCGGACGCCAGACCGACCGAUCCGGCCCAAGAUAAUGAGAAGUUCCCUGCCGAAGAGCUAGAGUCAACUCAGACUGCUCCCAGCCCAACUUCUACCCCUAGCCCCACCUCGGAGUCAGAUACCUCGAAGCAGCACCUGUCAUCGUAUCUGCCUACCUUCGGUGCUUCAAAGCGAACCCAGGUCUGGAUCUAUGCCUCUUUGGCCAUGAUAAUUGUGUUCUUCAUCGGAUUGGGCGUUUUCUUCCAGCUUCAACGCCUCAAGCGCCGCCGCACCAACCCUCAGGAUGACUAUGAGUUUGAAAUGAUUGAGGAUGAGGAUGAGAUGGACCCAAUGGCCGGAGGCGGUCGCACUCAGCGUCGUGGAGGUGAAUUAUACAAUGCAUUUGCCGGAGAAAGUGAAGAGGAAAUGUUUAGUGAUGAUAACGACGAACCAUACCGGGAUCGGCUGGCCAACAUCCCGGAGAAGGAGGGCGAAGAAGAUGGCCAUCUUCUUUCUGAAAAGCGUUAG